CGCAAAGCGUCUGCUAUGACAGUCGACUCCACGGCGUCCGACGCGACGAUCCGAUCAGCAGGUCACGCAAUGUCCUCGCCGUACCCGCAACAGUCUCAGCUGGAGGCAACAGCUGUAGAGAAUUUUCGUGAAUAUCUCCGCAUACCAACGGUCCAACCCAACGUAAAUUACGAUGACUGCGUCGCUUUUCUACAAAAGCAGGCAAAGUCCCUCGACCUGCCACUCAAAGUGUAUCAUGUACAUCCUGACAAGCCAAUCGUUAUCAUCACCUGGGAGGGACUCGACCCAUCCUUACCUGUGAUUCUCUUGAACAGCCACACGGAUGUUGUGCCAGUUUUUGCUGAUCAAUGGACAUACCCACCAUUCAGUGCACACAUGGAUGAGAAAGGAGAUAUAUACGCACGUGGAAGUCAGGAUAUGAAAUGCGUCGGGAUUCAAUAUUUGGAAGCAAUACGUCGCCUGAAGUUGAAGGGUCAGCGUUUCAACAGAACCAUUCACCUGUCUUUUGUACCUGACGAAGAAAUCGGGGGAGUACUUGGAAUGAGAGAAUUUGUCCACACAAAAGACUUCCAGGCAUUGAACUUGGGUUUUGCUCUGGACGAAGGAGUCGCAUCACCGACCAAUGAUUAUUUUCUCUACAAUGGCGAGCGAUCUUUGUGGCAUUUGUGGAUAUAUUGCCCAGGUAAUCCGGGCCAUGGAUCCCUGAUGCUGGAUAAUACAGCUGGAGAAAAAAUCAGAAUCAUUGUUGACAAAUUCAUGGACUUCAGAGCGAAAGAAAAAGCCAAGCUCAAGGAUCCAAAAGUCAAGCUGGGAGAUGUGACUUCAGUUAAUCUCACGCAAUUACAAGGAGGUGUACAAACCAAUGUAAUCCCAGAUCAAUUGGUAGUUGCAUUUGAUAUUCGUAUUGCUGUUACUGUCGAUGAAAAAAAAUUCGAAGACAUGGUGAUGGGAUGGUGCAAAGAGGCUGGAGAAGAUGUGCAUGUUAAAUUUGAGCAGAAAAAUGAGAAAAUCGAAACCACUAAAGUAGACAGUACAAAUCCAUUCUGGGUGGAAUUUAAAAAUGCCAGUGAUAAACUGGGGAUUAAUCUCGACAUCGGAAUCUUCCCCGGAGCAACUGACAGUCGUUUUGUGCGAUCGGUUGGAAUCCCAGCGAUCGGUUUUUCACCAAUGAACAAUACGCCGAUCCUACUUCACGAUCACAACGAGUAUCUAAAUAAGGAUGUAUUUUUGCGUGGUGUUGAAAUUUACACGGAAUUGAUACCAGCUGUGGCCAAUGCUUAAAAUUCAUCACAGAUCGUCUGAAUACGACUGUUCGUGACCUGAUAGUCCGGAGAAGAUAAAGCAGUAUAAAGUGAGAAGCAUGAAGUAUGGUAAGAAAAUAUGAAAUAUAGUUGGGGUGAAAAGUUUGUUAAAGCUCAGAUAUAUAACAUUAUAAUUGAAUGACGUUAAACGUAGUUUAGCUGAACUAGACUGAGACAAUAAUCAAAAACAGGUAACUUCAGCAACGGGAAAUCGUUUUUUGAAAUGUUAUUGAACAGUCAGCACGAGGCACAUCCCAAGUUCCAUGAUGAUUGUGAUCAUUCUCAGUUGAAAGAAAAUAUAUUUACGAAUGACAGUAAACUGAAAGUUAAUGUGAACAAAGCAAGGUUUUGGUUUCUCAUUUUUAUGAUUAUCAUUUUAUUUUUCGAACGAUCUUCCAAAAAUAUAUAACUGUCUGAAUCUCAUAGGUUCAUUGACAGAAAAAUUUUUAAAUAUGUAAUCGAUUAUUAUCAUGUGGGCGAGGCAAAUUAUUGAUAAAAUUUUGUCUUCAAAAAGCAUUCAUUUUGCCGUUAUGCAUUAUUAAGAAUGCAGUGAUGAAACACAAAUUUGCCGAAGUUCUAAUAUACAAAAACCAAAAAAGUCAACAUAAAAACGAUAAGGCGGGAAUCAACAUCAUGGAAAUCAAUGUCUAGAAAGAUAUGAGACAGUAAAAAUAGAAAAGAAAUAAUAAUGUGUUGGAAAAAAAGAUAAAAAAUUUAUAUUUCUACGUAUGUAUACACAUACAUAUAUUCAUAUAUUUUUUAAAUGGUUAUUUUAAGCGUGUUAUAAUAAUCAUUAAGCUUGUUUGAAAUAUUACAUGUUAUUAAAUUAUAAAAUACAAACAAAAAAAAAAAAAAAAGGAAAGAACGCUGCAUGUCACCAAACGAAACAUCUGUAUUGACCCCAGCGUUAAUAGAUUUGAUAAUAUCUCGUUAUUUGCGCGGCAUCAAAAAAAGGAAAAAGACGUAAAAUUUGGCUGUAAUUUUCUCCUCAUAAUACCAGAAUUCAC